CGCGUACGAGGAACAGCAAACUAAGCCAUGGGCACGUUCCUAGGCCAUUUCGUCCCUGGUCUGGCCUUCGCCAUCCUCGGCAUGUGGCACAUGCUGAACACCAUCAAGGCAUACAAGCUCAAGGGCACCUCCGGGUUCCGCUCCGCCACCUGGUUCCCCUUCCCCUCGCCGCUGCCCGGCCUCAAGCACCUCGAGCUGUACCUCCUGCUCGCCUUCUCCGCCCUCGCCAUCGUCGACCAGCUCGUCGACCUCCCCCUCCUCGCGCUCUCCCUCCAGCCGGACACCCUCGAGCACGCCACCAUGUACCUCCACCUCGGGGUCUACGCGUCGGUGGCGCUCGCGGCCGACGUCGCCGCCUCCCCGUCCUCGUCCCCGCACCACGGCGCGCUGGGCGACGUGGUGACCGCGCUCGCAGCGUCCGUGUUCGGGCAGGAGCUGUUCCUUCUCCGGCUGCACUCCGCGGACCACGUCGGCCUCGAGGGCCACUACCACUGGCUCAUGCAGCUCAUGGUCACCGCGUCGCUCGUCCUCACCUCCGCCACCGUCGUGCUGCCCAGGAGCUUCCCCGUGGUGGUGGUGCGGUCGGCAUCAGUGCUCUUCCAGGGCCUGUGGUUCGUGGUGAUGGGCUUCGUGCUGUGGGUUCCGUCCCUCGUGCCGACGGGGUGCCACGGCGCGGAGGGGAGCGCGGCCAUGCACAGCGCGGUCGCGUGCUCCACGAAGGAGGCGGCGCGGAGGGCCAUGGCGAUGGCGAACCUGCAGUUCAGCUGGGUGCUCGCCGCAGUGUGGGUCGUCACGGCGUACAUGUGCCUGAGGGUGGACGGCCGGUGCAUGGAGUAUGUACAGAUUCAGGCGCCAAGAGCCGACGGCCGUGUGCUCACCGGCGACGGGGAUUCGUCGCAGAAGCGUGUGUUCCCCGUCUCAGAACAUGUGUAGAAAAUAACCUGAGAUGACUUGAACUGGACCGAGACGUACGUUGGGCCCCCGGAUCCAUUGACAUUAUCGUUUAGGCUCUGUAGACUGUAGUAGAUGCCCACAAUAAACUCGGAUGUGAAGCCAUCAGGUUUUGCAAUAUGGUGACGGUGAAGCUGGCGUUUCAGAAAAAACAAAUGAACUAGCCCAUGUCUUUUCA